AUGAGCCCCGUCGUGAGCCAUGAAAUGGAGGAGUUCCUUCUCUCCACCCCGAUCAACCCCAAUAACUUCCCGGCCAAGCUGUGGCGCAUCGUCAACAGCCCCCGGUACCGCUCGAUCCGCUGGGACCCCCGCGGUGAAGGGCUCAUCGUCGACCAGCAACUCUUCGAAUCCGAGCUCCUCACCCCGAUCAAGAACGUCAACAAUGGUGCCAACCUGGAGCCCGACACCGACCUGCUCUUCAAAACCACCAACUUCACCAGCUUCAUCCGCCAGCUCAACCUCUAUGGCUUCAGAAAGAUGGGUCAAGGGAGCGGCGAGCACCCAGUGCCCGGCGAGCUGGGGGCAGGGGACGGGCUCCUUCAUCACUUCCACAACCCCAGCUUCAAACAGGAUCAUCCGGAGCUUCUCAUCAACAUGAAAAGACUAACCAGUGCUAACAAAGCCAAGUUGGCGGCUGGGCUCCAGGUCAACACCAGACCACCCAACCGUUUUCAGAGAUAUCUCACCAAUUCCAUGGACUCCAUUGGCCAGAACAAAGGAGACCGACAUGUUGGUCAACUUCAACGGACUUUCCGCAGAGAUAACCUGUCACCAUAUCCAUUUAUUUCAUCGACCCACAAUCAAAGUCCUUUACAUACAGUGUCCAUUAAAAAUUUAUCUGGGUCUAAUCCUGGUGGCCUAGAUCGAACUCCGAUUCCCCCACGUACAUGGCACAGCUCUAUUGGACUAGUGGCUGGACAAAUUGAUUCCACCUCUUCAUCACCAUUUUCAGACAAAGCUAUUCCAUUUUCUGUCAUACAACGAUUUCCGACUGAGGUCACCUAUACUCUGCAACCAAAUCCUAAUAAUGUGCAUGUCCAACAAGGAUCUCAAGAGAUAGGAAGUGCUGGCCAGAAAUAUACCAGUUAUCUUACUUCUCCUUCACAGUAUCAUCAGGCCUUCUAUCCAACAGCUGUCUUGCAGUGUUGUCCUCCUAACUCCCACCUGGAUCCAAUGACAGGUUGUCCCAAUACAAACACUUCUUCUUAUCCUAACUACAACUAUUAUCAGAAUGCUGCCAUGCAGUCUUCAUAUCCUGUUGAUGUUCUACACAACAAUGCAGCAGCCUGGCACUGCACUGCUACAGACGAAUCCAAAAAGUCUGAAGUUAACUUGGAAACUGUCUUUCAGAUAGUGGAUGAAUUAAGAGCUUCUCCAAAGAUUCAGUUGGUGAAAAUGGAUACCACUGAGAAUUCAUCACCAAUGCAACAAUCACGGAACACCCUACAGACCUCAAGCACUCCAACAUUUACUGACAAUGCAGGAGCCAAUGUACAAGCAAUGAAAAUUCAGUCUCUCACUUCUGCAGUCUCAGAGAUUAAGUCUUUUGUGGUAGCAGCCACAGCAGACCAAUCACUCUCAUGUUCACUGCCAGUAGUUGCUGACAGCGUGCACACAGCUACUUCACAGCCAUCUGAGAAUACAACCAUUGUAAGCAUUGUACCAGAAUCAAUACCUCCUGAUCAGUGUCUACCUCAAGGCAAGGUGUCUAAGCUGUGCCAUAAUGCAUCUCUGCACCCAAUAGUGUUUGUUGAGGAUGGACCAGAAUCCAGCACUGAAAGAUCUAUGGCAAUAGCUGUUCCAAUGAUGGCUAGCUUUGUCAACUCCAUCCAGACGGUACAUGGUACUGACUAUCAAACUGGCUCCUUGGAUUCCAUCCAGACCACUGAUCGAUCAAGAACCAUUAUUUCAGCGCUGCUUUCUGACUUUGACAUACCAAAAGACACAGUUGCAGCUAACACUACUGCAUCUACUCCUAUCAAAUCAAGACGACAAAACAGUAGCCAGCAGGCUAAGUCUCCUGAUCUUCAUCUUCUUGUGGAUGUGGCCUGUAACCAGGAUCACUUUCAAAAAGACGAGGAUAUUUGUGUUUGGGAGACAGAAGCCAGCCAUUCUCCCCAGCUCUCACCUUAG